UUUCAUCCUCGCCCGUUACGGCGCCAGCGCGAUCAAUAUGAACGUUUAGCGCGUGUAAGGAAAUUCAACGUCUGUCCUCCCAACAAAUUUAACGCGGACAUGAGCCAACCAGUGGAAUCGGCAAACCGGAAUGGGACCAGUCACAGGCGGAGUGCGCCGACCGAUGGGAAGCAGCACAGGAGUGACAUGGCACAGCAGGCACGCGUGCGGCAGCGGAAGGAACCCCCAGGCUUGAAGAAUGCAGCAGCACCAGUCUUUGCCGAGCCCAAACUUCCAAAUUUCGCGGGUGUCACUAUAAGAAGCAAGAGGCAGUUUCCAGAGAAGCUCGAUGAGCUCAAGCACGAGCUGUUCUGCGAUGGCAGCAAGGGCGACAGGCAGAAGAAAGUCACACCAAGCCCGGCGUCACGACCUGCUUCGAUGUCGUCGCUGACAUCUUUUGCUCCAUCUAUGGGAAUGAACCACCAGGUCAAGUCGGUUGCUUUGGAACCGGUUACCUUUGGUCUCUUUGUGGACGACUCGAAGGUGUCCUGGGACUUUGUUCCUUAUCCUCGGUCGUCGAGGGACCCGAAGACUGAGCCCAUCGGGGCUCUACCUCUGUCGACGCAAGAGUACAAGCUACUCGAAGACCUGAUCUAUGUCAUGCUGGGGGUCGAUGCCAUCUACAUCCGGUCUCAACCACUACAGAGCCCCCAUGCGGAGCGAACGUUUACGAUCGACGAAUCAGCAGACCCUUCGCUGAAAGAGAUGGUGAAGAAGAUUCUUCCUCUUUGUAGCCACUACUCAACGGUUGUCCGGUUCAUAGAAGAGAAGCAGGAUCACGGCCAGGGCAUGGUGAACCAGGCGCUGGCCGCAGCCAUGAGGGACCUGCUGGACGACUACCUGGUCCUGGUCACCCAGCUGGAGCACAAGCUGGUCAACCAGGGGGCGUUGACCCUGCCCAAGGCCUGGUUCUACGUCCAGCCUUCCCUGGCUUACAUGAACGUGCUGGCCACGUGCGCGCAGGCUGUCUGGGCGGGGCAGUGUUACGGAGGCAAGACGCUAGGCAUGUUGCACAAGCAAGCCACAUCAUUGACUGGUGACACCAAAGCGAGAGACAUCUGCCUGUUCCUUGCCAAAGCGGCAUCUGUACCAUAUUUCAACAUGCUAGAGAGUUGGGUCUACAGAGGGUGCAUCAACGACCCAUUCAAGGAGUUCCUGGUGGGAGACAAGAGCCUGGUGAAAAAGGAGGACAUGUUCAUCGACAACACCGACAACUACUGGAAUAGCCGAUAUGCUCUGCGCUCCGAGAUGAUUCCCGGCUUCCUGCGGACACUAAAGGACCGCAUCCUCAACACGGGCAAAUACCAAAACGUCAUCCUCCAGUGUGGCCAGAGGCCGGCAUCGUGCUCGGGUGAUGACCGGCUGUGCUACUCGCUGGAUGAACGCGAGUACAUCGAGAAGAUUGACAUCGUGUACCACAAGGCGAGCCGCAUGCUCCUCAACCUGCUCAUGGACAAAGUGGACCUCAUGGGACGCCUCAGGUCGGUGAAGCACUUCUUCCUGAUGGACCAGGGUGACUUUGUGGUCCAGUUCAUGGACAUGGCAGAGGAGGAGCUCGGCCAGAACAUCGACGACAUUGUGCCCACCCGCCUGGAGCUGCUACUGCAGCUGGCCGUCUCUACCAGCUCGGUUGGCAACGACCGGUACAAGGACUGUGUCAAGCACCAGAUCUUGGAGAGCAACCUCGCCUCCCAGAUGGAGAAGCUAAUGGGUGACGAACCUGACAAAAAAACCGAGACAUGUAUGGUCGUCGGCCACGAAGCAUUCACGCUCAACUACGACGUCGAGUGGCCCCUCAACCUCGUCAUCACUACCACGAGCCUGGGCUGCUACCAGAUGGUCUUCAGGUAUCUCUUCUACCUCACACACGUCGAGCGCAUGCUCUCCAAGGUUUGGGUGCGAGACAAGGCCGCCAAGCAGCGGUCGGCGGCAUACCCCGUCGUUGCGUUUGGGCUGCGCCAGCGAAUGAUGCACUUUGUCAAGAACCUGCAGUACUUUGUCACUGUCGAGGUCAUCGAACCCUGCUGGCAUGUGUUUCAGGACCGUAUGCAAAAGGUCCAGACGAUAGAUGAAGUGCUUGAGCUGCACACGGACCUGACAGCGUCGUUUGUCGACUUGUGCAUGCUGACCAACAACGAUGUCUUCCAGCUCAUCCAUGACACUUUGCAGCAGUGCCUUCAGUUUAGCUCCUUCAUGCUGGGUGAUACUAAAGGGGAGAACUUUGAGGAACGGGUGAACCACUUCCAGCACGUGUUCCACAACCAGUUGAGCUCGCUACGCAAGAAGCUGCUGGAAGGCGGUGCGGCAUCGCACUCCACCCACGAGAUAAACCUUGCUGAAAUGCUUCAUCGAUUGCUUUCAUGGUACGGUCCGCGCGGCCGUGCCAGCGUACGUUUGAUCGGUCCGCCGCCGGAGCCCUUUCAUCACGGUCCCUAAUGGUUGGACACAGAUGGACAAGGAGGAUCGAUUUCAACAGAUUCUACUCGAGUACUCCAGAGUAACUGACAAGAGCCUAGAGGAACCUUGGCAAGCCCGCAAGCAACUUGUCCGGCUGGCUGCAGUGCGACCAAAGGAGUGGCUUCCAUGCUUUGAAUGCAAGCUCUCUAGACAAACAUGUUCGCCAUGCCAACUUUCUGUUGUGCGAUAACUGCUACUUACUGCCGUCGGCUUGUAACCUCAAAUUGGCAAGUCGCCAAUUCUCUGUUUGUCACUUUUUUGUGGCUUGCAAGCCGAGAUGCUGUCUGUGCAAGGCAUGUCGACGUAUAUGUGGGAAUGGGAACUCUGACUGUGAGCUGCAGUAGUGGAAGCACUCGUUGAAAUGAUUGCAACAUCUCGCUCAUUGAAAAUGGUGUUGAAAGGGAGUCGAGAGAAUGUGAACCCUGUGGGUUAUGGUAACAGAGCCAAACGGCAUGCUGGGUGGCCGAGAUUAACUAGCGAUUGUGACGCUAGGAGAUGCAUUGUAUAUUAUGCUUCUCUAGCAGCAUGCGUUUUCUUUUGCCAAGGUGUUACAAUGCAGUUUGUUGUUCCCUGAUGCCAGUGACCUCUUGUCACGGUUCUGUUUGUUGAUAGCGUACGCUGGUAAUGCGAAAAAUGUUGGCUGCAUGCAAGCUGGCAUCCAAUGUGACACAGAGUGAUUGUGACAUGGAGUGGGUGCUGGUGCACCCAAAUAUAUCAUUGUGGACGUAAGUAUGCCCUUUGUAUUGCAUUUAUUCUUUUUUUUUUGUAUCCUGCUGUGCACACAACUUAACAGCUACGUUAGUCAGGAGGUUUGAUUUUUGUUUUCUGUAUUUUUGCAUUAAGCUGAGCUGGUGUCAUUAUAGUUAUGAACAUUGAAGUGCCAUUUGAAGGAAGCAGCACCAGCUGUGUUACAUAAGCUUGUUGACUGAUUGAAUCUCAGUGUUGAGGCGUCUGGUGUCUUGCUCUUGAUUUGUUCACGCCAAUACUAAUUCAUUUAAAUGGAGUGAGUCAUUUUAGAAAACUGAUUUUGAAUGUUCUUUGUAAUUCAAUGUUGCUUUGGAAUUGAAUAGUUUACCUUUUAUUUGUUAAUGCUCAGUAGUAACCAGGUCUUAACAAGGUUUUAAUAUCAGUCCUUUUGCACUUGUAGGCUUGUGCUUGCUUCUGAACUUGCUGCAUAAUUGUCCUAAUUUCACAGCCAAAGCCAGCAGUCACUAGCACCAAAGAAAGGAAAGGGUUAUCUUAUCAGUUGCAUUAAAAAUUUUUUUUAGUGUUAUUACCGGCCGGCAGACCUUUCUCGUUCAUUCUGCUCAUGUCGUAUUCCAUUUGUAGCUCUGAUGUUCAAUGUACCGCCAGUUUUUUUUUUCUUUUCUUCUGCACAGGUGAUUUAAAAGAACUGUCUGAGGCAGAAAGCACAACUAUGUGCCUUCAGGCAGAUUGCUUGAAAGAGGUGGACAUUUCUUGUACAUAGAACAAAUCGUAGUGUUCACUUAGCUAAUUGAGAGAACUGAGAGAAUUUCCUGCGACCGCAACGGAAACAUUAAAGUGGGGUUGCAAUGCAUGAGCGCUCGUCUACCAUGUUUUGGGUGCAUUUGAAGGAACCCCAGGUGCUCAAAUUAAUCAGGAACCCUCCACAACAGCUUAUCUCAACUCGUGUUUUGCUUUGGGUACAUUGAAACCCAACAAUCAAUCAUUCAAACAAGCUAGGUGAUAGUAAAUGUGUGAAUUUAUUAGUAAUUCCGAGGCUAGUAUCACUUUUGGAAUAUCAAUAUUCAGUAUAUGCUAUAACAUCAUUGGCAUUCUCUUAGCUGUGUCCCACAGUGUGUGACGGAGGCUUUUUAGGAAGGAAAAUGUUAAGCGGGAUGGUGGUGUACUUUGUAGCUCAUUUUUGGGGACUCCUAUGGCAAGUUCAAAGUUCGAGUGGGAAAACUGUUAAGUGAACAUUGCAAUUCUUUAUGCAAAAAAUGUCUGCAACUUUAGGUAACGUUUGGUACAAUCCGGCAAUACCUGGCUUGACUAGUGGUGAGCCCGCAGUCCUGUUGCACAUUAGUUCACAUCACUUGUGGGAGCUUAUGCAAAACAUGAGAAAAUACAGUGGUUGACAAAAAAAGAAACAGUGCAUUUGUUAGUGUACUUCAGGCUGCACAUUCUUUAUGAUUUCUAGAAAUUGAAGUUGUGAAAUUAUGGUAUCUUCCACGGACAGUUUUUGAAGAUCCAUUUGGAAUAAGAAAUUGUCAGCAGUAUGUUGUCAACAAAACAUCACUCCGUUAUCUGCACAAAAUCAAAUGGUAUUACCGUUAGUUGCCCUUUUCCCUGUUACGCAUGUUGUCUUUAUUACAUCUCAAUGUGUGCCAUCUCGACCAAUCGUCUUCAGGUCGGCUGCUCUGGUAGAGGCAGGCAGCCUGUUAUCUAGUGAUAUGUUUUAGUGGGCAUUUGAUGCGUACGCCAUACAUUUGAUCUCGUUGUCCCUUGGGCAGAGUCAGAACCGUUUCAAGGAACUUGCACUGUGUGGUAUUCCAAGUGGGUAUUGUUGAAUGUACAGCUCAUUGCGAUCCUUUUAUUAUAAUAAACAUACCACAAGGAU